CCUCCCACUCCUCCCCGUCCCAACAAUCAAAAAGAAAAAACCACAAAAUGGGCACCACGCAGUCCACCACCAACUUCCCUGAAGAAAACAAGCAGCAGACCUCCGAACCAACCACAACAAUAACAGGCCUCGGCACCGAAUGGCCUUCCUCACUCAUCACAGCGGAAGACUUCCGCUCCUACAUCCUAACGCACUACCCCGCCUCCGCCCCCUGGGUCCAAACCCUCCUCAAAGUGCACUCCCGCACUGAAAUCGCAACCCGCGCCCUACUCGGCUUCGAAAACAACCCCAAAUGGCACAACACGCACCCACCGACAGCCCGCGAAGUGGACGCCUCAUUCCGCCAACACGGCAUCCCACUCGCCACAACCGCAGCCCGGAAAGCCCUAGCAGAUAGCAAUAACCUCCCCGGGUCAGCGAUAACGCACAUGGUCUCCGUGACGGUAACGAACGCCGGAGCUCCGGGGUACGAUCAGGCCGUGGCGCGCGCGCUGGGCGUGCCUGUUUCCGCGGAACGGUUCUUGCUCAGCGGGGUUGGGUGUGCGGGGGGGCUUGCUGCGUUGCGGUUAGCGAGUAAGCUUGCUUGUGCUGCGACGGCGAGGGGGGAAGCUGCGAGGAUUUUGGUGCUUGCUUGUGAGGUUUGUAGUGUUUUUCUUGCGGCGGAGGUGUUUGCUGCUGCUGCGGGGUCAGGGGAUGGGGAGGGGGAGGGGGACGCUGGGGUGGGGAUAGGGCCUGUGUUGUUUGGGGAUGGUGCCGCUGCGCUGGUCUUGUGUAAUGCCCUUGGCAUGGCGGGGAUGGGUAUGUCUGGGAAGUAUGCGGUCGUGGACUGCAGGACGAGUAUCACCCCUGAUACGCACGACGUGAUGGCGUAUGGUGUUACGGAGCAUGGGUUUAAGCUUGCGUUGAGCCGCGAGGUUCCCCGGUUGGCGGUUGGGGGGUUACAAGAGGGAUUCCGGGCGUUGAUGGAGGCGAAUGCGCCAUUUGCUGGUGCGCAGCCGGACGACUUUGACUGGGCAGUUCAUCCGGGUGGGUUGGCGAUUCUACGGGGCGCGCAGAAGGUGCUGGGCCUGGAGGAGGAGGCGCUGCGGGCGAGUUAUGAGGUGUAUCGGACGAGGGGAAAUGCGUCGAGUGUAGCUGUGCUGGCGGUGCUGGAUUUGUUGCGUGGGUUGGAGAUGAGGAGGAGGGAGGUGGUGGCGGUGAGCUUCGGGCCUGGGCUGACGACGGAGAUGGCUUUGUUAAAACGGUUGGUGUAG